AAGCGUGCAAGCUAGAAGAUGCAUGUACGACUCAGGAGCAAGAACCUGAGUCGGCUACGUCCGGAAUUCCGGACGAGCCCGGACUUCACCAAAAAUUAUAGGGGUGUGUUGAACUCAACCGAACUCCCACAGACCCAUAACCACCAGCAAGUUAACGCCGAGCGGCUAACAUGUCGGGUCAGUGGGAAAGCAUCAUCUUUGAUGAUCCAAGGUCUAGGCACCCUAUGCUUCCUCUCGUGGUUAAAGUUAUGCACUGCAUCUAUGUUACCGUUGAUCCCACACGCCCACCGCCACCCACAGUAAUGAAGUGGUGGCACUCACAAAGCCUUUCCUAUCAGGUACAUGAUCAUGAAUAUGAGCCGUCAAUUGUCAUCCUCAAUCUCCGAGAGGGCAAGCGAGAUUCAACCAUGAAAACCCACUUCACGAUCAACUUUAACACCAUGACGGUCAACGAUGUAUCUCUGAAUAGGCGUUUCCCUGUACCCAACGAGAUCCACUCUGUUGUAAGGGACCUUGAUGAGUACGUGAGGAAGACUGUCCGGGAGAAAAAGGAAGCAGAAGCGGAGGAAGCACGUCGCUGUGAGAAGGAGCGAGAGGAACACAGGUCUAGAGUCCAGGCCUUUUGUCGCUGUCUUAUCGAUAAAGGUCUUAUCGACGAAGAUCACGCGAAGUUGUUCUCCAGCGACAGUCUGCAGUGCCCUGUCUGUUCAGCGCAGCAGACAUCAUGCACCAGAUGCAAAAGCAUCUCAUGUUCCAAUAACGAUUGUGUAGCCUCCUCUGCCGUUCCCAUUGUACGGUGUUGCAUGGCCACUCAUCCGAGUCACACACGGCAAUUCUGUACUUCAUGUUUGGAGCCUCCAGGCUCUUUGCCUCGGCUGGGCAAGUGUCCCAUGUGUUCAAACUUGUUUUGCACAGGAGAACUCAGUUGGUGCGUUGGACGCCCAAAUUCUAAUGACGGCGUAGUCGGCAUCGCAACUUCGUCAGAUAUCGAUGUUCCAGGGAUAACCCGAGUACACUCAGCGCGGCCCCUGUACUGCCACAACACAGGCUGCAUCCAAAAUAGUCAAGAUGGCGGAAGAGUUGGCCGUCGGUGCUCCAACACUGAUUGUUGGUCCUUCAGGAUGUACAGCACCAAUGUAUGCCCUGAGUGCAUCACGCAAGAUAGCUUCUCUUGCCCAUGUGGUCAGUACUGGACUUGCGGUAGCUGCAAGUCUCAGUCUUCGGACAUUCGUAGGCUUCUCACGUGUCCUCGGUGUCAUCAGUGUUUCUGUGAAUCGUGCUCAUAUAUCUGGACUUGUGGGUUGUGCCGACGUGUGGGGUUCUGUAGCGACUGCAUGGAAGAAGAGAGCGAAGAAGUUGAGCACGCACCAGGCGUAAACCUCCUUUUCAAGUGCCAGAACUGCCAAGGUCACCUAUGCAAUGCAUGCGAUGACGGUGGGCAACCAUGCUGUACAUGUAGUCGAAUGCUUUGCAACCUUUGUGCAAAAGAUGAAGAGUGUGAAAGAUGUGCUCAUUUCCGUCAGCGCUGUAAUUAUGACUACGGUUUUUUCGAGUUCGGCUCUGAUGAUGAAAUGACUUACCACGAUUUCUAGUAAUUCGAUUAUCUUUAACAUUAUGUAUUGCUAUUUCGUGUCUAAUGUACUUAUAUCUUACUAGUAUUGUUUCAUCGUGCUUAUCUCGAUGCUCCUCGGUGAAUUACUGCAAUUGCUUGCCAUACGUUCA